GCCCCGGGCUGCGCCCGCCGAGGGAGCGGCCCGCCCGCGUCCCCGAGUCCGCGCUCCGCGUCCCUGCCGGCGAAAGCCAAGACAAAAGGUAAUUAGACGCCUCGUAAUUUGAGCACAGUGGGUGCAGCGCCGUCCUGAGCGGCAGAGAUUUCGGGUGUCAAAAUCUUCCCUUCCCCGGGGACAGUGCACCCUGCGGCAGCGCUCUCUCCUCGGGAGCUCCGCUGGAGCCCGCUGGCUGCCCUCACCUGCAGCCGAGCUCUGCGGCCCCUCCGCGCCGGGCGCUGCAUUCGCCUCGCAGGCUGGGUGUACAGCUGUAAAUGCUGGGUAAGAUUGGUUGCCGUAUAUUUGAUUUUCUAGGGAGAUUUUUUUUUUUCUUGGUAGAUUUCCUUGUAGGAAAAUCGUGCAUGGGGCUGGUUGCUGUAAUUCCUUUGUAGGGGAAAAAAAACCCACACAAAAAACCCCACAACAUGAAAACAAACAAACAAACAAAGAAACACAACAAAAAAAUCCCCACCAAAACCAAACCAAAAAAUCCCACCACCCCUCAAACCCCACUGUUUGAAGUUCUGGUAAUGUGCUUUCUUCAGGUGUAUCUAUUUUACUAUGUCUUAUUUUUCAAAGCUAAGGGGGGAAAAAAAGAGACAAAAACAUGCACAAUAUUUAAUGACUGAUUUUAGCUUCCCCAGUGCUUCCCUUUUAUAAAAGGUGGUAUCUUACAGAAGAAAAUUCACAGAACCCUCCUGUCAUAAAAAGGUAGAAAGAUGGGCCAGAUGAGUUACCUAAGGUUAUUUUUGCACCCAAAGAUGGAAUUGAAGAUGUAGCAGAAGUAGCUUUAAAAUGCUUUGGUUUAAAGUACCUUUUUUUUUUUACUGUCAGCUUUGGUUAAAUUUGUUGUUAAGAUGUGGCCGCAUACUACUUCAUAUGGUCAACAGGGAAUCAACAAAAUCUGUCAGGGAAUGCUGGUUUCCAGUGAGGUCUGUGCUGCUAUAGAGAUGCUCUUACCCAUACCUGAGCUACCCAGUUAAAACAUUUGUGUCUGCAUCAAGUACACCCACACUUCUGGCCUCUGUUUAGACACGGAACUGUCUCUCAAGUUAACUCAUCCUGGUUGGAGCAAGGCGUUUGGUAGUUUUCACCUAAAUCAACUGCUUGGAUUUAGAACUGUGUGGGUGCCUAAUUUUAACACAGUAUGUUAACUACUGCAAAAAUGUCCUCAUGGGAUUCUAGUUGGAGGCAGUCUGGGUUUUUUCCAGUUCCUAGUGUAUAUAAAAGUGAGGACCAAGCCGGACAAAAAGAGGACAGGAUAAAUGGUGAGCUCUUAAUUCUGACUUCCGCCCUAUUGCUGUUGCCGGUACAUCAGAAAGGCUCAUCCCUUGGUGUCUGACAGAAGGCACGCUGCCGGGUGAGUGCCUCUUCAUGAUCUGUCUCCUCCCUUUCUGAAGCAACUAGGAGAUUAAGAGGUUGUGAAUUGGAGCAUUCUGUUAAAUUGGAUGUAUGGUAGAAAUGCUUCUGCCUUUAUUGUUAACACAUGCUAUAGCCAUGUUGUAUCAUUUACCAUGUAGGGUGAAAACUAUAGAAGUAAAUAGUUUCAGGCAAUUUAUUCUUUUCUUCGGGUCCUGACAGAGAGUUUGCUAACCUAAUGAAGCCAAGUGCAUAUGUUUAGCUAAUGCUGGCCUAUAUUUAGCUGCUCUGGUAAAUCCUGCCUUUUCCUGUAAGUCUUGCCUAGUAUCCAUAGGGGCAAUCCUGGGAAAGCAACAUAGACUGCACCUGCAAAACUGUGGUGGUCUUCUAAUAGCUGGAUCUAAACCAAGCGUGUCUGUAGUUGUGGUGAUGAAAGAUGGUGCCUCCUCAUGCACCUAUCGUAAGUAUUGCAGCAGAGGUCUGCAGUGGAGGUCACACCUAUUUUAUCCACUCUAAGCUUCUUUAGUGGCUGUUCCAUGGCACUGGUGUGUCGUGGUUUAACCCAGCUGGCAGCUAAGCACCAUGCAGCUGCUUGCUCACCUCCCUCCCCUCCAACCCCAAGGGAACGGGGAGGAGAAUCAAAAGUAAAGCUUGUAGGUUGAGAUAAGAACAGUUUAAUAUUUGAAACUAAAUUAUAAUAAUAAUGAUAAUAAAAAGACAAGUGACACACAAUACAAUUGCUCACCACCUGCUGACCAAUGCCAGAACCUACCCCCAAACCCCAAACAGCCCCUUCUGGGGACCUCCCUCAAUUUAUAUACUGGGCAUGAUGUUCUAUGGUGUGGAAUAUCCCUUUGGCCAGUUCAGAUCACCUGUCCUGGCUAUGCUCCUUCACAGCUCUUUGUGCACCUCCUCACUGGCAGAGCAUGAGACACAAGGAAGUCCUUGAUUUAGGAUAAACAUGACUUAGCAACAACAAAGAUGUGAGUGUGUAAUGCACAUUAUUCUCAUACUGAAUCCUAAAGACAGCACUGCACCAGCUGCUGAGAAGAAAUUAACUCUAUUCCAGCCAAAGCAGGACACGCUGAUGUUUAUUCAGAGCAGGUUGGGUUCUUAUAAUCUGACCCUUCUCUAUUUCAAUUUAUACUAGCCAAAAUUAAAAUCAUCCACUAUUUUGAAUAUCCAUGUUUUAAAGAUAUUUUUAAUAGGACACCAUCAGCAAAAGUUAAAAGGACUUGCAGUAAAAUUUGCUUCUCAGUCUAGUCCAGCAACUAAGAUUUCUUCCCCAUGAAACUUUAAUUGCUCAUAGACAGUUGGUGUUUUCUGCCUUCUUCAUCAGCUCUAGUGGAAAAACAGGUGUUAUCUAAAAGACCAAAUGAGCCUAAAUAUAAUUUAGAGUAAGUGUAGAAAUUAUUCAAAUAGUCCCAUGAAGAAGCCUUACAAAAUAGCAAUGUGGAGAUCCCUCUUCAGGAUAUGUGACAUAAAUGUACAAUGCAGAGAGAGAAAGUGAUCUUCAAAGUAGGCAGGUUACAAAUAAUUUAAAAUAAAACUAGUAUUUUAUACUUGUCUUGAGAGCUAAGAGACAGCAAGUGUAGAACUCUUAAGUACAGUCUUGAUAGGCUUCUAAUGGAAGCAUGUUUUUGCCUAGAUAAAAUUCUGGACCAAAUUCAAAUUGUAAUUGUAUGUAAUAGGGCUUUGUAGCAAACUGGCCUCAGGCUCAAAAAAAGCAUAGCUUAUGAUUGUUAUUUCCACUCCAAAAUAAAUAGUAGCAAUUUCAUGAUGUGGCAUAUAUGGAAAAAAAUUGUCUAUUGACUACUCUCAAUCGAAAAAUACUGAAUGAAUAAAAUUUUAAGAUAUUAAAGGUAAUGAGGCCAAGGAGACAUUUCCUGUAGACUUCAGUCAGUCCUGUCAAGUCUGUAUGUUUCCAACUUUCCCAUUAAUUGUUUCUUUUCCUGUUAUGUAAAGGAUAUCUUCCAGCUGCACACCUUUAGUGAAAAUAGGUAAGCCUAUGGAAAAUGACUAGCUUUAGUCUGAGCUAAUUACACAAGUGCAUACGUCCACCUACGUGUGGUGUUAAUUUUUUAUUAUGGCAGCUAUAAAAAGAUGUAAAAUGCUACAGUCUGUGUCGGACAGUGAUCUGGCACACAUGCCUAAAAAGAAAGAUCUUUUAUACUGUGUAUUUUCCCUAGUUAGUUGAAAUCAGUUCUGGUUUUAAUCGUGCAUUGAGUCCUUAAUUUCAACAACAGUUACUUUAUUGCGUUUUAUCUUUUGUUUUUAACAGUGACAUAAUUAUCCUGUUUGACUGAAGGAAAACCCUGUCCUCAGCUGAAAAUAUACCAGUACAGUGUGUGUGUGUGUAAGUCCUUAUUGUUUAACUUUCUGUAUGUAAACAAUACAGAGUUUAGAAUAUUACUGGCCAACUGGACAGGCUGUUCAAAGACUAGAAAUUGCUUUAUGCUUAUCUGAGGUGCAAGUCGAUUACCCUUUAAUGUGAAUAUGCAAUUAAUCAGCAAAUUUUUGCUAUGUCACUUAUAGUGUUGAACAAUAUUAUGCUUUCCACAUGUUCAGUACAGUUGAUACACUGUGUAGCAUGUUGGUAAUCAAAACAGGCGUUACUAAGCCUUAAAGAAGUCUCACCCAGCCUUAUAAUUUGUAUUAAUUAUAUCUCUCCAUUAUUAUACCUUAUAUAACCUUUCUUCAUUCUUAGCUAAUCAUGUUUUGUGUCAACAGUUUUACUAUUUGUGAGGCCUCUGUACCUGUAAUUACCCAGGUGUUCUGAUACAACUCUUAGGAAAACAGUGUUUAUUUUGUCUAUAAAUAUCACCAUAAUUCAAUGGCUUUUUGUUGGCAAGCUAUAGUUAAAAAUUGUCCUUUUUUAUCCAUAUGUGGAGAUUAGUAACUUCUACUGAAGUUGUUACAUUGGCUGAUGUAUUAGUAUAUAAUUUAAUUUUCUGUAAUGUUUUUGUCUCUCUUAAAAAAAAUAAAAAAGAUUUAUCACAGAUAAUGUACAUGCCUUCUUAAAGGUAAUUCUCCCAACCACUGUUGAGACUAGCCUAAGUAUUCUUGUAUUUAUUUUUAUUGCUUGUGAAAUGCUGUUACUCAGUUUAUGUUUACAGUGUAUUAGUAUCUCUAGGUUCAACCUAGUCUAAGAAAAUGUACAACCUAUACUAUAAAUUGACCUCAUAAAACAGGUCUACAGCUAUUAAAUAGUAUCUUUUUUUUAAGCUAACUUGAUUACCAAAAAUACAUAUUUUUCACUUACCACAGCUAGAGCAAAAGUAGCUAUGGGCCAAAUUUAACUCCCAAUAAUUAAAUAGAUUCUUCUUGUUUAAAUACAUGUUUAAAUGAUGUGUUCUAUGUUUGUGAGAGACGUGUUAUAUUUUGAGGAAAAAUCUGACUUUAGUACCAGAAAAAUAACAAAAAAGCAGAAGUUGGAAGAAAAUAUAUCUUGAGUUCCAGUACUGUGUUCUUUUGUAUGGCCCAUUUAAAGGAGUACAGAGCGGAAGGUAAAGAUUCAGAUUCUUUGCAUACCUGCAUUCGAAUUUUCAGUCUAGCAGUAUCUACUACAAAGUUGUCUGUAUGAAUAAUUUUUGUCCUUAGCAUAGAUGGAAUACAAAAAAGCAAGUAAGAGUAAAGGUGGUCUCACUGUGUUUGCCAUGGACAUUGCUCUUAUAUUUAUUUUCCCACUUGGUUAAAUCCUUACUUAGCUGAAGCAAAAUGUAUUAUUGUGAUUUUUAGUGUUUCAUUAAAGGGAAAAAGGUAGCAAGUCUUAUUAACAUGAAGCCACCAAAGUCGUUUUGGUUUGAAAGUUAAGCUCCAAGACUGUUAGAAAAUUUGGGUUCCUUAGUUUCCUGUUGUGGUUUAACCCCAGCCAGCAGCCAAGCCCCACACUACCACUCGCUCACUCCCCCACCUGUGGGAUAGGGGGCAGAAUCAGAAGGGCAAAAGCUGGAAAACUCAUGAGUUGAGAUAAAGACAGUUAAUUAGGGAAAGCAAAAGCUGCACACACAAGCAAAGCAAGGAAUUAAUUUACCACUUCCCAUGGGCAGACAGGUGUUCAACCAUCUCCAGGAUAGCAGAGCCCCAUCACACGUAACGGUGACUUGGGAACACAAACAGCAUCACUCCCAAGGUCCCCUCCUUCUUCUCCCCACUUUAUAUACUGAGCAUGAUCCCAUAGGAUCUGGAAUAUCCCUUUGGUCAGUUGGAGUCACCUGUCCUGGCCAUGUCUCCUCUCAACCUCCCAUGCACUCCCAGCCUCCUCACAAACGUGGCAGCACAAAAAAGCCUUGACUCUGUGCAAGGCCUGCUCUGUAUUAUCAACCCUGUGUUCAGCACAAAUCCAAAACAUAGCCCCAUACCAGUCACUGUGAAGAAAAUUAACUCUACCCCAACAAAAAACCAGCACAUCAUGUAUGUAAAUUUUGCUUUGUUACAAGCUGUUUCUACAGAAUCAUUGCCUUAUUUCUAGGUUUGAGGUCAAAAGGUUAAAAAUUGAUGUUGAAGGGCAGUAAUUUAUCUGGCAGUUACUCACUUGGAAAUGCCUGUCCCUGCAAAGUAGUUUUCUUGUAAUAUAUUCAUAUACUAUACUUACUUUCAGAUUGUAUUGUUUUCAGUGGCAUGCAAGCAGUAGGAUCUUGUAUGGGGCAAACAAAAUACUUUCUCAGAAAGGCUUGAAAUGAAAAUUGUAAUUAAUCCUUAUGAGGUUUUCAUAGCUCUUGUCCUGUUUCAUCAUCAACCUACAUUUACAGUGGCAGACCAAAUUUCUUGAAUGUUAAUGCUUUCUGAUCAAUUUCUGCUCGCAGCAGAAUAGGAAUCCAGUGCUUCGUGUCCUUUUCUGUGAAAGUAAUGUAUUUCUCAGAUCUUAUUCUUUGUGCCUAAUAUAAGAUUGAUUGGCCCUGACAUUGUUCUAACUCUUCAGAUUAAUGGUAGAGGAGCAUAAUGUAAUGCUGCUUCAUGUCACUGUCAGAAAAAUUACUGCAAGCCGUAAAGGUUAGGAUUUAUUUGUUAUUUAUUUUAACAAUUCAUGGAGGAGGGAAAUGUAAAUUUCAAAGCAGCCAACUUAGGGAAAAAAAGUGUGGACACUUGCAAAAUUAUAGAUAGGUAAUCUGAAUUUCAGGAACUGGGAAGGCCCUAGAAGAACAGCAAAACACUGUAGCACCAUAGGCCAUAAUAGGUAGAUGACAGUGUGACAGUCUGUAGGAGCCAGUACAGCUUUGUUGGAAAAAAAGUGUGUCAGAUCAGUUGAAUCUUCUGCAACAUCUGCCUCUUCCCCUCUACCCAGAAGACCUGUUAUCCUGUCAUAGAUCUCCACCUGUGUGAGUGGCUCACAUGAUCUAGUUUCAAAGCAAAAGGAUGGAUGUAAUGCACCUGUGGUGCUUUGUCCUGGGCCUUUAAUUACUUUCAUCGUGAUAUAAGAUUUUCCCACGAAUUGAUCAGGCAACACCCACCUGUAAACAUAUGGCAACUUAGAAUUCAGUGAUGUUGAUGAGUUGUGCUGGAGACCAGCCUGAGAUGAAGCGUGCCCAAGGGACAAAGGGUCUAGAGCAGAGCUCUGCAGGCAUGGCCCAACUGGGCAUGGGGUGUGCCUGGCUGUGGUUCUGCUGCAGGCACGUGGCAACCUGGGCUGGGGCACCACCGACGGAGGGCACACCAGGUGCCCUGCUGGGAACAGUGGACGCUGUCCUCCACCACGUAAAUUAGAGAUGGGAUUCAUUUUUUUAAGCAGAUAAAGUAAUGCUUCCACUCUACAGGCCAUUUCCUAGGCACGCUCCUCCAAUUUCGUCGUGAUGUUUGAAGAAAUUGUGGACUAACAGGAGAGCCAGCAGGGACAGAAGAGCGGAGGGCUUGACCUGCGAGGGAGGGCUACGUGGAUGAUGUGACUGUUGAAGACUGAUGUGCGCAGCGAGGAGCUAGGCUGCCCUCACACCUGGGGCUGUCAGCUUCAGCGGAGGCGGGACGGGGCCGUACCGGCCCCUCGGGGUAUCUGGGAGGAGGAGGAGAAGGAAAAGGUGCGAGCAGCGCAGCCGUGAACCCCACUGCGACAUCUCCGCCCUGGCGGGGCGGGCCCCGCGUUUGAAAUGCCGUCCCGUGGUGCCCCGCGGCCGCCGCUGAUUGGCCGGGCCGGGCGCUGCGCGGUUCAAAGCGGCGGUGGCGCGCGCGGCACGUCCUGCUCCGGCAGCGCCUCCGGUCCCGGCAUGGCUUCCUUCGGCUCCCAGGGCGGCGGCACCUCCAAGAAGGAGGAGAAGGGCAAGAACAUCCAGGUGGUGGUGCGGUGCAGGCCUUUUAAUGCCUCAGAACUUAAAGCAACCUCCCAUCCUGUUGUAGACUGCGAUCAAGCAAGAAAGGAAGUUAGUGUCCGCACUGGAGGAGUGACAGAUAAGACAUCAAAGAAGACUUACACAUUUGAUAUGGUUUUUGGACCUCAGGCUAAGCAGAUUGAUGUAUACAGGAGUGUUGUGUGUCCCAUUUUGGAUGAAGUUAUUAUGGGCUACAACUGUACCGUGUUUGCUUAUGGCCAAACUGGUACUGGUAAGACCUUCACAAUGGAAGGGGAGCGGUCACCCAAUGAGGAAUAUACUUGGGAAGAGGAUCCACUGGCAGGUAUAAUACCCCGCACAUUGCAUCAAAUAUUUGAAAAACUCACAGAGAAUGGUACUGAAUUUUCGGUGAAAGUCUCUCUUUUGGAGAUCUAUAAUGAGGAGCUUUUUGAUCUUCUGAAUCCUACUCCUGAUGUUGGAGAAAGACUGCAGAUGUUUGAUGACCCUCGAAACAGGAGGGGUGUAAUUAUUAAAGGCUUAGAAGAAGUAACUGUACACAACAAAAAUCAAGUCUACCAAAUCCUGGAAAGGGGUGCAGCAAAGAGAACAACUGCAGCUACUUACAUGAAUGCAUAUUCCAGCCGCUCCCACUCAGUGUUUUCAAUUACCAUCCAUAUGAAAGAAACAACAAUAGAUGGAGAAGAACUUGUUAAAAUUGGAAAGCUAAACUUGGUUGAUCUCGCAGGAAGUGAAAACAUCGGUCGAUCUGGGGCAGUUGACAAAAGAGCUCGUGAAGCUGGGAAUAUCAACCAGUCCCUCCUGACACUAGGAAGAGUUAUUACUGCUCUAGUAGAAAGAGCCCCACAUAUUCCAUACAGGGAAUCUAAACUCACAAGAAUCCUUCAAGACUCUCUUGGAGGACGGACAAAAACAUCAAUAAUUGCCACAGUUUCUCCUGCAUCUGUAAAUCUUGAGGAAACAUUGAGUACACUGGAAUAUGCCCACAGAGCAAAGAACAUAAUGAACAAACCUGAAGUCAAUCAGAAGCUAACGAGGAAAGCUCUUAUUAAGGAAUACACUGAAGAGAUUGAGCGUCUGAAGCGAGACCUUGUUGCUGCACGAGAGAAAAGUGGAGUCUAUAUUUCUCUUGAAAAUUAUGAAGCCCUUAAUGGAAAGCUGACUGUUCAGGAAGAGCAAAUUGCAGAAUAUAUUGACAAAAUUGGUGUUAUGGGGGAAGAACUGAAAAAAAUCACGGAACUAUUCACAGUUAGUAAAAAUGAACUUCAACAGUGUAAAACACAUCUGCAAAUCAAGGAGAAAGAGCUAGAAGAAACACAAAAAGAUCUGCAAGAAACCAAGGUUCAUCUGGUUGAAGAAGAAUAUGUGGUUUCAGUUUUGGAAAACAAUGAACAAAAACUUCAUGGCACAGCCAGCAAGUUACUUAGUACAGUUGAAGAAACUACAAAAGAUGUAUCUGGGCUUCAUGCGAAACUGGACCGUAAGGAAGCUGUUGAACAGCACAAUGCUGUUGUCCAAAAUACAUUUGCAGUACAAAUGAAUGCUUUGUUCAACAAAAUACAGGAUUCACUUAGUGAAAACAGUUUGAAGCAGCAACAGAUGUUGACAUCUUACACAAAUUUUAUAGGUGACCUCUUGUCUACCAGUUCUUCAACAGCUGAUAUUCUUGCAUCGGUUAUGUCAGCAGCUUGUGCCUCUGUUAAAGAAUUGGUUUCUACAGAAAUUUCUCACAUGUCUGAGAAAAUAACACAGCAUGAGAAUCUGUCACUGGAUUGUAAAGCUGAGCUGCUGAGAUUAAUUGAGGAACAUGAAACAGGUUUAGGAAGAGCGUUAAAUAGCUUGACACCGGUGGUAGAAUUUGUCUUGGGGUUAAACUGUCAGUUUCAGAGUAACAUGAAGAAAUACUCUGCUGUGGCUGACCAGAUGGAGGACCACAAAAGGGAAAUGGAUACCUUCUUUGGAGGUCUUUCUCUCACUCUGAAAAAAAUACGUGAAGAAGUGGACAGUGGAUUUGCUGAACUUCAGCAUAAUUGUGAUAGCUUAAAAGAAGAAGUGGAAAUGACGAGGUUGGCACAUGCAAAGAGAACAGCCGAGUUCAUGUCCUCACUGCAAAGCCAGCUUGACGUGUUUGCUCAGGAGACUCAGGAGAACUUAACUAAUGUCCUCAGGAGAAAUGGAAGCUUGAAGACCACCAUCACUGCUAUGCAAGAAAAUGUUCACCUGAAAACUACAGACCUAGUCAGCAGUACAAAUUCCAAUCAUGGCAAAUGUACUGCAUCUCUGGAUAAUUUCUCUCAAGAGCUCAGGGGCAUAAAUGCUGAAAACAAGAUGAUGCUGAAAGAAUCCAGUGACCACUGUCAACAUCUUCUCAGCAAUCUCAAGGAUGUGUCUCAGGACACCAAAACCUGGUGUGAAUUUACAACUGCUCAGAUGGUCAGCUUUACUGAUCAGCAGCUAUUGUCCUUCAGUGAUGAGAAACAGCAGUUUCAGUGUUUACAAAAGAAAAGUGAAGAACACUGUGAUAAAACAAUAGCUGAAAUUGCUGACCGUAGUAGUAAACAAGUGGCUGCUGAGGGGAAGGUACUCAAUGGCUUUCUUGAUCAGAUAAAGGUGGAUAAAGAGAUACUUCUGGAGCAGAAGCUGGCACUUAGCAACAAAGUACAGCAUGGACUAACUCAGGUUAAUGGUUUCCUGCAAGAGGAUCUGAAAGUGGAUAUUCCAACAGGGACAACUCCACAGAGAAGAGACUACUCCUAUCCAGUCACACUCGUUAGAACAGAGCCACGGGAACUUCUGCUGGAGCAAUUAAGGCAAAAGCAAUGUAAGCUUGAUGCUAUGCUAAGCAGCAUGACAGAGGAGGUGGAGGAUAACGCAGGUCAGGACCUGUUGGAAGAGGAGGGAGGGUUGGAAGAACCCAAUGAAAGCCUUGCUAGCGACAAAUGCUUAGUGGAUACAAACGUAUAUUGCCACACAAAUGGUGGCAUUCCUUUUUUCCAGCAGAGAAGUCGUCGCAAAAAGGGUAAAGAGAACAAAUCUGCAGCUACUGUGGAGAACAAAAUGGAGGACAUGACAGAAGAGCUUCUUCACGAAUCCAAACAUCCUUUAAGAUUGCUGAACUAAGAUAUAUCUGUUGCAAAUCCCUGUUUUUGAAAAAUUUCUAUCUCAUUAUCUUACUGAGCCAUAAUGUUUUUGGUUAUUCUUGGUCUCUCUUUAUUGUGAUGUAUUAAUGCAAAAUUGAAUCAAAAGAUUGACCUGCUCGAUGUCGUGCCUUUGUCCCAUUUUUAUAUGCUAUGCUGGUAGCUUGCAAAAUAUUAAGGGAAAAAAACCCUGCAUUAUGGUGCUGUUAUGUUUAAAUAUACUUCUGUGUUGCAAGUAAGAUAUCAUUUUCUGUUUCUCAGAUUUAAAACACCAGAAAGGGAUGUUGAAAUAUGGUUUGUCAGCAUUAUCAGCUACCAUUUUAUAUAAGAAUUACCUGUAAAUAAGUGUUCUAGUUUUGUACCUGCUUUUUAAUCCGGUUGCUCUCUUUAAGUUUGAUACUUCAAAUAAAUUUUGACAUAUGGAAAACAGAUGUAUAAACACCUCAGUGAAACAAACUUACCUGACUUUCUUAUAUUGCCAUAAUAUAAGAAUAAUAUAUUUAAUUUAACUAAAACAUUAGCAACUCUGCCUUAAAUUUUGUGCUGUCAGAAAAGGAUGGUUUUCUCCCUUGUUUUGUAAUAGACACUAGCUUCAUUUCAGUGCCUCUUCACUCUGCAAGUGGAGGGGUUUGUUUGUUUGUUUGUUUGAACCCCACUGUUCUUAUCUUUCUCUUAACCUGCAGCUGUGAGGUAUUGGCUGGGGGGGGGUACAAUGUCAACCAGAGCUUGUGUAUCAUAGUCUGGCAGCAUUUAAUUUGAGAUCUAGAUGCUGAACAUUAAAAUAUGCAAGCUUGCUUACAAAUGCAGCUUCUGUGUUGUAUAAUAACAAGGCAUUCCACUAAUUGACAACAUCAGCUUGACCAGUUGCUCUUUUCAUGUUCCUUACAUGAAAAUUUCAAGCUACAAAGAAGUAGAUGAAUAGGAUUAUGAUGGGAAUAGGGAGAGAUGCUUGAAGGCAACUAUUAUUUACAUUGAAGCACUAUUCUUAGGUAACGGUCCAAACGUGAUUUAAGAGAUUGUUCACUUUUCUAGAUCCAGCUUGCAGGCUUAACUUGAUUGCAGGCUGAAGUUUCUUCAAAUAGGUGGUCCAUGUAUUUAUUUGUCGGUGAGAAAGUAUACCCUGGACACUGCAGUCCUAGUGCUAGAGAGAGACAUGAUUUCAAGUAUAUCCUUCUGCUGAUUCUCUGAACUCUAGCAUGAGAGACACCAUUAAUCACUUGUGUUUCCCUGGAACACCUAU